ACACUAGCCCUCUCCAGGAACCAAAGAACUGUACGCCCUGUGACGGCAACGGCGGGCUUUGAGUGCCGCACUGAGUCCUCCCGCCUCCGUUCCGCUCCUUCCGGCUGCAGGACGUUCCGACUGGAUACGGCGGUCCCUGCCUCUGAAGAGAAGAAUUGCUACACUAUGGCUGGGGUUUUGCGCUCGGUAUUUCAGAGGCCUCCAGACAGAUUACAGACUGUGAAAAAAGGUAUGGAAUCUCUCAUUGGUACAGAUUGGAUUCGUCACAAAUUUACCAGAUCAAGAAUCCCAGAUAAAGUGUUUCAGCCUAGCCCUGAGGAUCAUGAAAAAUAUGGAGGGGAUCCCCAGAACCCUCAUAAACUGCAUAUUGUUACGAGAAUAAAAAGUACGAAAAGACGUCCAUACUGGGAGAAAGACACGAUCAAGAUGCUCGGGUUACAGAAGGCGCACAGCCCUCAGAUUCACAAGAACAUCCCCUCAGUGAACGCAAAGCUGAAGGUGGUUAAACACUUGAUUCGGAUCCAGCCCCUGAAGCUGCCGCAGGGACUCCCCACAGAAGAGAACAUGUCGAGCACCUGCCUCAAGAGCACUGGGGAGCUGGUCAUGCACUGGCGCCUGAUGCCUGUGGAACAGACCAGGUCCUGAGGCCACACACUGGAGAGAAAGAGCGGGUACUGAGGAAACCGGUCCCCUUAAAGAGUGUGCCGAUCCUGUCAUCUCCUUCCUGUCCAUGCGGACCUUACGAGUUCUGAUGUUAUUACGUGGUUAAAUUCUCUCCCUUUGUCCCUUAAGAAUUUUACUCCAUCGUGGUCAAGAGUAGCAUUGUUUGAACAUCUGACUUUAGGCCCUAGCACUUUAACAAUUGUCAUUAUCUUUUUUUUUUUUUUUUUUUUUUUUUGUGAGAAACUGCUUUCUUGGGGACUAGAGAGAUGACUCAGAGGUUAAAAGUGCUGGCUGUUCUUCCAAAGGUUCUGAGUUCAAUUUCCAGCAACCACAUGGUGGCUCCCAAACAUCAUACAAUGAGAUCCGGUGCCCUCUUCUGGCCUGCAGGCACACAUGCAGGCAGAACACUGUAUACAUAAUAAAUAAAUCUUGAAAGAAA